UCAGGGCUCGGCAGGGUCGGUGGCCCAGCAGGGGCCCAGCCUUUCCCUCUCACCGGCGUUGCCAUCGUCGCUGCCUCCGAGGUGGAGAGGCCAGGCCCGUGCCUGUGGGCCCCCUGGACAUGUGCAUGUUACCUGCUAGCUUAGCAUUCACAAACUACUAGGUCCUGUUCAUAGAGCCGCCCUGUUUGCCCUCGAGGCUCUUUCUCUCCUCGUGCUCUGUCCCAGCACCUGAGGGAAUUGGAGGGGACCAGGCCACCGGUAAAGGCAGCCAGCUGUGCUUGCAAAGGGUGACAUCCAUGUAUGCUGAGGGGACAGCGACAUGGGAGCCUACAGGCACGGCCCACAUAAAGGCCUUUGUCAGGGGCUUUUGAGCAGACUGAGGCAUGUGUGAGAAUGCUUACUUUUGGUCACAGAAAUUAUUAAAAUCUCUUUUCAAAGCUGCUCCAAAGACUCAUGUUUGGGCUGAGACUGUGGGUGAAUUUUAGCAGAUGAGUGGGGGAGAACUUUACUGGACUCUAAACAAGAGAAGCCCCUCUUUAAAAACAUUACUGGUACAAAGCUAUACUGCUGACAGCAAAGUAGGAUGUGGGUAUAUCUAGAAAAUUUUAGGCAGGGUUAUUUUCAGGGUUGAUCAUAAUAGAACAAAUGUCCUAAUACAGAACAGCCAACCUGCACACAGGGUUUAGCAUUUGUGGACACAACUGUUAAGAUUAACUUCAAAUUUUGUUUUAUCUGUUCAGACUUUGGAAAUCCUUUACUGUGUUUCUGUCCCAACACAUGAUUAAAGUUUUAGUUUUAAGACCUGCAGAACAGCUGGCAUCUCAUAUAAGUGGACCCUGCCUUUGCCAACCAUGGAGAGUUGGCAUCUCAUAGCAAGAGUCCAAACAAAACAGAAAGGAUUAAGAUGCAGUGGCAGUUUUGGUUAUUAAGAUUGGGGGGAAAAAAUCUUCAGCUGGAGACUUUACCACAUGUGAUUUCUUUAAAGCAGAUUGCUACAGCAGGCAGAUUUUCUAUGCCUGCUCUGUUUCAUUUCUCCUGGGGUCCCAGUCCUCUGUGAUGAGAGCAAACACCUCCUUUGCUUUGUGCUCACAGAAAGGCUCAGUCUUUCUUUGUAAGAUGGAUGGAGUCUUAAAACUAGUUACUGGAAACAGACAGAAGGAGGCUAGUGGGUUUUUGUUGUUGUUUUGUAAGCUUAGAAACCAUAAAAAUACAUAUUUUCUUCAUCUUAAACUUGUCUAGGGAUUUACAGCAUCCCUAUCUCAGAAGAGCAAAACUGCUUUGAAUGGAAGGAAAUCUGCAACAGAUGUCCUGAAGCAGGAGCCCCUGGCACCUUUGCGGACUAGUUCAACAAUGUGUACUGUGAAUAGCUCAGACACUGACUGGCUACUAAGACUUAAGAGUCCAAGACCUGUGAGAGACCGUGAUCAGCAAAGGCCUUGGCAGAGGUUCUCCUCAGCAUCAGCAAAGAGUGGUGCAGCAAAUACUUUUGACUGCAGUAGACGUUUUGGGAAGAAAAAUAAUACCAAAGAUUGGCUAACACAGAAGGACUUCUGUCAUGCAAAGGCAGCACCUGAUGAAAAUCGAGACAUCAUUGCUUCUGCUCAGUGCAUCUUGGACAGAGAAAAUUAUUUUGUGAGGGAGGUGGACAGGUAUUUGAGGCACAACGAUUUCUUAAAUCUGAGAAAGAAGGAGAUCCUGUACAAGAAAUGGCUUGAGGAUGUUUUAGAGCCACUGCUGCAGAAAAUUGAGGACAAAAUGGACAGCCAGUCAAGCGAAGAAAUAAGGAAAAGGAAAGAAGAACAACUCUCUCUCUAUUUAAACUACUGUAAAAAGAAGGGCUAUGUGGCUUUGGAAGCUUAUGAUCCAUCAGAGUAUGAUCCGUUCUUCCUGAAGACAUGUACAGACUGCUGGAAGGUUUCAAUACCAGCCUUGCAGGAUCCUCUGUUAAAAGGCAUUCAAAGAAAGUUUAUUGAGACAGGCAUUAUCAAGCAGUGUGAGACAGGAAGACCAUGCUCUACCAGAGAGCUGAAAGAGCUCAGUAAAGCAGAGCUGCCACUGCUUCCUUUGAGCCGGCAACGUAUGGAUGCAAUUGAGUGGCUGAAGAUACCACAUGGCUACAUUGCUAGCGAGGUCCACCAAAUGAAGAGGCAGAAAAUCAUCAGCCACCACAAAGACAGCAACAGCCAAUGAUGUCACCUGUCCUCCAGCUGACUGCAGCAGCAAGCACAGCCAUCAGAAGGUACCAUUUGCAAAAAUACGUUACAUCUUCUGCCAAAGCAAGUGAUAACAGGCCAGGUCUCCUGGCAAAGUGUAAUAAACUCAUUGUCUUAAACGUGGUUCUGAAGUACUGUUACCCAGCAGCCACAGAAAUAUUUGCGAUGCUGCUCCUGUUAUUUCCAGCUCCAGUCCAUGCUCUAUGGGCCAAAUCCUACUAUUUUAGGAGGUUUAACUUAGGCUCAGCCCUACAAAGACAGUGCUGAUGGUCUCUGGUUUAUCGGGUGACGGAGCCUUUAUACUGAAGGAGCUGAACUGGUAAGAAAAGUUAAAGUCUGCUAUGCCCCUUUUCUACGCAGCGCAGGACCUAUGUUAUCGCCAGCUCUGGCAACAGCUACAGCUCUGAGUCUGCUGCAUUUCAUAUUACAAGAAGCAUGAACGUUAGUAGUGGGCGGAGGGAAUGGCAAAGCUUGCAAAAUUUUAGCUACAGCUGUUGUGAUUUUGCAUGAAGCUCAAAGAGGUCACCUUGAGACUUAAGA